AUGAUAGCCAACUUAUUCGACUUUAUCAGCAUCAGUUAUAUUUUGGACUUCUCUCUUCUGCUUGGUCUUACAUCUCAUAAAGAUUGAUUUACCUGAAGAGAGCUUUGGGAUAUCAGAAGCCGCAUGGCUAUAGACCAGGACAGCUUAUUGCCCGCUCUGGGCUGCUAAUUAAAAGUUUAUUCUGUCAAGCCAAUUUCAAGAUUUGAAAAAGGCACACUUGUAAACUAGUUAAGCUUGACCUUCAUUCUAUGGCGAGCAAUAAACUGUCCAGGGCUAUACUUUUGUGUUUGCCAUGCUUUACCUCACAAUCAUUGCCAUUACACUUGCAAGCGGAAAGUCAUUGGGCUUAGACAAUGGCAAUUUUGAAGUUAGCACAAUUUUUUGUGUGUUAGGAUAUGCCAAUUCAUAAUUAAUUACUAUUAAAAAUAAUAUAAGAUAACUAGCGUUAUUUAAUAUAAACUUGCAUAA